AUGAAUUAUUAAUCAGCAAUUCAAUCCUGUAGUCCUAGUAAAUAAAAGUAAGUAUGUUUCUAAAGAAGAUAAGAAGAGAUUAGCUCUCCGAUUACGAUUUCUCUUCAAUCCGAAUUCGAGCAGUUAACAUUAGAUACUUCUCCUAAAUAAGAUCCACUCACCAAUUAACAUAGUGGGAUACUUGACUUUAUUGAUGAAAUAGAUCAAGAAGAGAAGUUUAAGAAACAUCAGAGUUUAAGUUUGUAGAAAGAGCUCAUAAGAAGAAAUAAUAAAAACAAGUCAAACGAAGGUUAAUCGUCUCCUCACUCUAAUCAAUCAUUGGUUGAUCAAAAAUUUAAAUAUAUUAAAGAACUUUGGUUAUAGGAAUCACCCAUAUAAGAAAUAAAUAAAUAAAUUCUAUCUUAGAGAGUGAUAUCAAUCAAUGAAGAAUAAUAUUUCAAAGAUCUACAAAAUGAUAAUGUAAUAGGAAUGGGAGUCUAUCACUCAAACGAAGCAAGUCCUUUAAUGUACUUUGAACCAGAUAUUGAGACUGAUAUUUAUAUCUCAAGUUUGAUAGUAAUUACUAAAUUAACUUUUCAUUAGGAUUCAUUAUGGGGAAAUUAAAUUAUCUCUCGAAAAUUGCAGAAGCUUAUUGAAUCUGGAACACCAGAAUAAUAAUUAUUGAUAGUCCAAAAGUUAGAAAGAAUAAGUCCAUAAAUUUAGAAGGAUGUUUUUGGAAAUUAUGUAGUUCAAAAGAUCUUUGAUAGUUGUGGAGAUAUAAAACUCAAAACUAGAAUGUUCAACAAAUUAAAGACUCACUUUUAUGAUUUAUCCAAGAAUCCCUUUGGUUGUAGAGUUAUGCAGAAAUUAAUUGAGUAUUCGUAAGGCAAAGAGGAUAUCUAGAAUUCUAUACUUUCUUAAUUGGUUUAGAAUAUGAGAUCUUUGAUUUACGAUUCCAAUGGAAAUUAUGUCAUAUUCAAGAUGCUUGAAUCCUAUGAUAAAUCUAAAAUGGAAUUUCUUAUUCCCAUUGUAGAAGAAUCUGUAAAUAUAAAUCAUGUAUCUAUUCUAGUUUCAUUAUAUGGCUCAACAAAUUUAUGGAUGCAAGAUCAUACAUAAAAUCAUCCAAUAAUAUCCUCCCAAUUAUAUUGCCAAUCUUGUCAAAUAGUCUAUUUCUAAUUAUUCAGUCUUAAGUUAAACAGAAUUUGGAAACUAUAUUCUUUAACACAUAUUAUAAUUUUGGAUUGUUUCUCCGGAGAAAACUCGACUAAUCUAACUUGUAAUCUAACAGUUUUAUUAAUUAAGCAUUAAUAAAUAUGCUAGGUGAGAAAUCUUAACUAAUUUUAGUAAUACUGUAGAAAGAGCCUUGGAGGCUUUAAGUAAACCUGAAUUGAUAACUGUUCUAAAUUGGUUACUAUUUAGAAGUUAAGCUUAACAAUAGUUCUCCUAUGUUGCUUCAAAUUUUGUCCAAUUGGCAAAUCAUUAAUUUGCAAAUUAUGUGAUCAAAAAAUUUUUGAUCUUAAUCGAUUAACAAAUGUAACAAUCCAUUUUAAACUUCUUAAUAAAGAAUUAGUAAGAGUAUCAAGCUCUGAAAUCUACUUUGCAUGGUAAAUUUUAUGUAAUUCAAAUAGGUUAACGAAUAUGUAGUCUUUUAGAGAAAUAAGUGAAAUGUUGAU